GCACGGGCGGGAAGGCCCUGGGAUGGAUUACGUUACGGAGACGGCCUUGCCCCCCCGCCACACCAUCCGGGGGCACAGUGCCUCUCACCCAGAGCUGGAUGAGCAUCCUGGAGAGCUCAAGAGCCCCGCUGUGCUGUCUCAGGAGCACUGCCAGGUUGACCCUGAGUACAUCAAGAGCAGUUAUGGGGUGCUGGGGACUCGCAUAUCCUGCAAGGACGUCCCUGCCGAGACGCUCUAUGACGUGCUGCACGACACCCGCUACCGCAAGAAAUGGGACUCGAACAUGAUCGAGACCUAUGACAUUGGGCGCCUGACCGUUAACGCUGACGUGGGAUACUACUCCUGGAAAUGCCCAAGCCCCCUGAAGAACCGGGAUUUCGUCACCCUGCGCUCCUGGCUGCCCCUCGGCAAUGACUACAUGAUCAUCAACUACAGCGUCAAGCACCCGAAAUACCCACCCCGGAAGGAUUUUGUGAGGGCCGUGUCCCUGCAGACAGGUUACCUGAUCAAGGCGAACGGUGCCGGUGCCUGCGUCCUCUAUUAUCUCACCCAGGUGGACCCUCGCGGGUCGCUGCCAAAGUGGGUGGUGAACCGUGUCUCCCAGUUCGUGGCACCAAAGGCGAUGAAGAAGAUCUACAAGGCUGGGCUGAAGUACCCAGAGUGGAAACGCAAGCACGACCCCGGGUACAAGCCCUGGGUGUACCCGGAGCAGAACACGCUGCCCAGCGUCAGCCUGGCCGAGCUCUCGGUGCAGCACGCCGACUCGCUGGAGAACAUCGAUGAGACGGGGCUGCCCGAGGACCACCUGAGCACCAGUGACCACGAGGCCUGA